CUGUAUUUUGACCUACUUCAAUGUUUUUGUCAUCUAUUUCAAAAUUGCUAAACAAAAGUGGAGACAACUGCUGUAGUAGAUCUAAUGCGAACUCAAUAGCAUAACAAAAGUAAGGGGUAAUAACUUUGUUAUCAUGGGUUCAAAGAAGCGGCAAGAUGCAUCGAAGAAGGGGACAGAGAAAUCUUCGAAGAAAGAUACUACUCAGAAAUCUCAGCCUAGUACACCUUCAAACAACAGCAAACGUAAAUCUGAAUCUGCUAAAGACACGUCACAAACUGCAGGCUCUUCAACCAGAAUAUUCAUUGUACUUCUUAUACUAGGUACACUAACAGCUGGCACAGUCUAUGUUUACAUUAACAAUAUAGGAGACUCCCAGAUUAUCCUAGGUAAUUUUAGAGAAUCCAUAGAGGCUAGUUUUACAUCAAUAUUUAAAUCAACACCUGAAAAACAAACAGCUAAACAACCAGAUAAAAAACAAACAUCUAAACAAGCAGAUAAAAAGCAAACAAAGAAAGACAAUGCAGCUGAAAAAGAAAACAAGCCAACAAAACCAUCAACUCAGGAAUCUGAAGCUAGUAAUAAGGCAAAAGAAUCAAAACCCUAUGCUAAAGCUAGUAUUACUAAUAGUGCUGAUCAAAACAUUCAAAAAGAACUUGAUACUGCAGAUGAUCUAGUUCAGAGAAAGCCAAAUGAUGCAAUAAAAAAGUAUGAUGCACUCCUUCAACGUUACCCACAAAGCCCACGUGCCAUAUUUGGCAAAGCAGAGGCCCUCUCGAGACUAGCAGAGCUUGAACGCAGCAACCGUUUCUUGGAACAAAGCAUCAACCAGUAUCAAAAGGUGCUUGAUGUUUUGGAUGUUCCUGAUGAGCUCUUCAAGAAAGCAGCAAGGACCUGUAGGGAUAAGAUGCAGUUCAGAGGUUGGAUGGGUAAAGCAGUAAAGGUGAUGCAGCAAGCCUCUCUCAAGUUUUUCACUGACAAUGCUCUGAGGAAUGAACUAGGGGUGGCAUACCUCAUGAUGGGACGGAAUGAGAAUGCAAGGGGAGUGUUCCAACAGGUUGUUGACCAAGAGCCUCACAAUGGCUAUGCUCUCGUCCAUCUAGCAUUUGUGGUUAAGACUAUGGAUCUGAAUUAUGAGAAAGCUAUUCCAAUGUUCAUUGAGGGCUUGGAGUCUGGCGAUGAAGGAACAGAUGAUGGUCGCUUCUACUUCCACCUUGGGGAAGCCCUCCAAAGACUCAACAGGACUGAAGAGGCUUACGAAUGGUACCAGAAGGGUGCAGAUAGGGGUCACUUUAAGUCAGCCUAUCAGAGAUCUCUCUAUAAUAUCAACUCAUUAACAAGUCAAGCCUGGUGGGACCCUCAAAAAACCAAAUAUCACACUUAUAUUAAGUACUUAGAAACAGUCAUUGUGGAUAUGACACAAGUAAACAAAAAUAAUGCAAUGGCAUGCUAUAGUAAUAUGAAAACAAACAAUGCAGACUUAGAUCAGCAUUGUCAACAUAUGAAUAAGAACUUUUCUUUAGGAUAA